AUGUCGACCGGCGACAACCUCUCGCCGCCGGGCAGCUCGACGUACGAUAGCAGUUCUAUGUACGUCGGCGAUGGCACCUGGGACUCGGAUCGCAAUACUUUCCUCCUCCCGAACCUGCAAGGCCUCAACUUUGCGACGAUGCAAUACAAUGGCAUGGGGAAUCGCUUUCGAGAUCUGCCAGAGUAUCAUGUAUUAGUGACGGGACAUGGAGUCAUUGCGGCGAUCACGUUUCUGGGAAUCGUACCGGGUGCGAUAUUCAUUGCGAGGUUCUUGCAUACCGAGGGGAGGGUGGCUUUCAAGUUGCAUGUCUACAUGCAGAUCAUCACAGUAUUCCUGGCGACAGUCGUGCUGGUGCUGGGUUGGUUCGCAGUAGGACCGGAGAGGAGUUUGACGAAUCCACAUCAUGGCAUUGGAGUUGCGAUUUAUGUCUGCAUUCUGGUGCAGUUCUUAUAUGGCUGGUGGAUGACGAGGAGGGAGAGGAAGAGAACGAGACCACAUCCGACGAUACCUGUCAAGGUGCAUUUGCACAGAUUGUUUGGAAGAGCUGUUGCGCUUCUUGCGUUUGUACAAGUUGCGCUGGGGUUGACGCUUUACGGCUCGCCGAAGGUGCUUUUUAUCCUGUACGCUCUGUGGGGAGCACUAUUACUCUUCGCAUACCUUGCGCUCGAGUACAGGAACAAGGCUCGUCUGGUUGGUGCAGUGGGGCCUCCUCCGAGACCUGCUCAAUCCGACUACUACUCCGACUACACUGGUAGCUACAUUACCGGUGACCAAACACAGCUUACUGGAGAUGGUAGACGAAGAGAUAGGAGCCGAGACAGAUCGCAUUGGGGACGGAAUAUCCUAGCGGGCGCGGGUCUAAUUGGAGCGUAUGAGUGGUACAGAAGGAAGCGUGAUGACAGGCGAGUAGAAAAGGACAAUACCUACUACGAGGACAGCGAGAUGACGGGUCGACCGCCGCAUACACCAGGCCGCCCAGGCUCUUCAAUGGGACCGCCGCGUCCAGGUCCAGGUCCUCGGAUCCCAGAUCCAUAUGGCCCAACCCCAGUCGCUGGGUAUGGACCAACUCCCAGUGCCGGAUAUGGCCCACCUCCAGGAAGUGUGCCUCCACCAGCAACAUAUGCUGGAGCCAGGCCGCCGAGCAGAGGCAGCAAUCGUGCUCGUCGAAACGAUGGGACGAUGAUGUCUCCACAAAGCUGGGAAGAUGACGAGAUGGCUGAGGAGAAGUACGGUCGUCGACCAGAGCGGGGACCGAAUACUUGGCGAGAUCGGAUCUUGGGCGCUGGCGCUGGGAUUGCAGCUUUCGAGGGAGUUAAAAGCAUGUUCGGUGGGAGGAAGCGAAGGAAUGAUGGAUAUGUGGAUUCUCAAGUCAGCUACAGGCCAGGCGAUCAGAGCAUGGUCAGCCAGACGGACGUAUCUCGCGUGGAAGCUGGCCAGGCCCCUUUCUCUCCGGGUGAUCAGAGGCCAGGCAGACGAGUACGGGUGGAAGAUACGUCUACCAUGACACCAACGCGACCAGGAAUUGGACGGCGGCCAACUGGCAUACCACCCAGGAGAUCAAGCAUGGAUUCCAUGUCGUACGAUGACGACGAGAGCUAUGUCAAUCCUCCCCCAAGGCGUCCUGCUGAUGGUGGCCAAACGUUGCGAGAGAGUAUAGCUGCCAUGGGCGCGGUCGCUGGAUUCCGUGAGUGGAACAGGAGGCGAAGAGACCGCAGGGAGCAGGAUAGGAACGAUCAAAUACGGCGGCAGGAGCUUGAUAGUGAGGAGCAAUUCAACCGUCGAAACUCGAAUCGAUAUCCGAGGCCGCAAGAUGCCAGCGGAAGGAGGGAGAGCCUGUCAGGGACGAUCAUGACAGGUCCUCAAGACCCAACGGUGGGUAGUCAUCCAGAGCUUUCGAGGACAAACUUCCGUCCAGACACUUUGCAGCCUCCUCUUCCUGCUGCAGCAGGGACGAUACCGUCUGCGAGCGGUGCACCGCCGAGUACAGUGGGACCGAGCAUCAGUCAACAGCAUGUGCCGCAACCACCGCCUCAUGGGCAGCAUCAGCAGCAGACGACCAAUAUCAACUUCCCUAUCCCACCUCCGCCGCCAGGACCGCCUCCGAAUGCUAGCAGACCCGCCGACUAUCAGGCACCAGUGCCGGGGUCACUAGCUAUGCCUCAGGGAGCUGUGUACCCAGACCCAUCCAGGCUUGUAUCUGAGCAGACGCAGACUCAACAACAAGGCACAGGCGGCAUGUAUCGAGAUGGUACUUCAACAGCAGCAGAAGAAGCCGCCGUGGCAGCAGCAGGUCUUGCAGCAGGUCAGCGAACGCAAUCGCAAUCCCCCUCUCGGCGAAGAGGCUCUCGAACAAGACAAGACCGUCGAGGCAGCAGCGCAGCCGCAUCAGGAUCCCGAAACGACAACGGUGGCAUAAGUAGCCCCCCAGUCAGCCUCAAGAUGAACGUCCACCCAGACGGUGGGGCAGUCACACUGCGACGACUGAACGAACAGGAAGCCGCCGCCGAGCGCGCAGCGAGAAGACGGGAGCGCCGAACGAGAAGAGGAUCGAGUCUGAGCUCUGGAGGCGAAGAACCUGGUUCCUCACGAUACAGACGCAACGGCGCGAUAAGACGCUCAAGCGACCAGCCCAUCACGAAUGUUCCUCCACCGCCUGCCAUGUCGAGCUCGGCUGGAGGCAGCCAUCGCCCGCCUUCGGAACUCAAUCUUCCUCCUGUACCUGCGCCAGGCCGUGUCCCUCAAGCCUCAGAUUCCCCUGUUCCCCCGGCGGGUCUCUUACCGGCUGCUGGCCCAGCUGGUAGCGGUGCGGUGGGCAGCCCUCCCAAUGUCGCCGGCACGGGGACGGAUAUGGGAACUGGGACGGAUGUGAGUGUUUUCGAGAGUAAUCGAAGGCGGAGGCGGGCGGAGAGGAUGAGGAGGGAGCAGGCUGCUGGAGGUGGGGGGAAUCGUGUGGAGUUUGAGUGA